AUGUCGGCGAUCAAGGAUGCGAGCAAGAUCUUCCCGGGCGAUGGCCCCGAUAUGACUGAUCGGGAGCAGCAGAUCUACGAAAGUGGUGUUGAGAAGUUCAAUCAGCUAGGAUGGAAGCGUCUCACCAUCGUCCUGAUUGUGGAGGCUGUGGCACUCGGAACCCUCUCCAUCCCAUCGACCUUCGCGACUCUCGGUAUGGUGGCAGGUGUGAUCUGUUGCGUCGGUCUCGGUCUCAUCGCUGUCUACACCAGUUACAUCAUCGGCCAGGUCAAGGUCAAAUUCCCACAAAUCUCCAACUAUCCCGAGGCAGGCAGGAUGAUGUUUGGCCGGUGGGGAUAUGAAAUCGUUUUUAUCAUGUUGUGUUUGGAGUUGCUCUUGUCUGCGGGAUCUCACUGUCUCACUGGAAAAAUUGCAUUCGAAAACAUCGUUGGUGGCCACAAGAUGUGCUCAGUGAUUUGGGCCUUCAUCUCCGCUAUUAUCUUGUUGCUUUUUGCCAUACCCCCAAGCUUCUCGGACAUGGCUAUUCUCGGAUAUAUCGACUUUGUCUCUAUCAUCAUCGCAGUCGGAAUCACCAUCAUCGGAACUGGUGUGGAGGCGAGUUCCACUACAGGCCUCGCAGCUGUCAACUGGUCUGCCUGGCCUAAAGAAAAUCUUACGUUCGCCGAGGCAUUCAUUGCUCUUUCCAACAUCAUUUUCGCCUACAGUUUCGCGCUAUGCCAGUUCUCUUUUAUGGAUGAGAUGCAUACGCCUACCGACUUCCCCAAGUCUGUGUGGGCCCUUGGUAUGGCUGAAAUUGGUAUCUACACUAUUACCGGUGCAUUGGUGUAUGCCUUUGUCGGCCAGGAUGUCCAGAGCCCUGCUCUACUUUCCGCCGGUAAUCUUUUGAGUCGGAUUGCAUUUGGUAUUGCGCUUCCGGUAAUCUUUAUUAGCGGUUCCAUCAACACUGUGGUGCUGGGUCGACUAGUUCAUGGUCGCAUUUUCAAGAACUCCAACGUCCGCUUCAUCAACACGAAACUUGGAUGGGGCACAUGGCUUGCUCUCGUCGCGGCCUUGACUGUCCUCGAAUUUGUCGUUGCCGAGGUCAUUCCAUUUUUCGAUGAUCUCCUGUCCCUGAUCUCAUCACUCUUCAUUUCUGGAUUUACCUUCUACUUCCCGGCUAUCAUGUGGUUUAUGUUUAUUCGCAGUGACAACACUUCAAAGGGUAGCAAAAUCCUUCUCGGGGUGGUCAAUGUCCUCAUUUUGAUCAUUGGCCUGAUUGUGUUGGGCGCUGGAACUUAUUCCAGCAUUGUUGACAUUAUCAACUCCUAUGCUGAAGGUACCGUUGGGGGUGUCUUUUCAUGCACGUCCUAA